GUUGAUGAGGAAGAACUGUUGGGCCGCGAUAGGCAAUUCGAGGAAAGUCUGCGUCAUUAUCGGCCAACUCUGAAGAACAUCACAGUUGGCGAAAUUGUCAGACGCAGACUUGGGACGAACAGACAAUAUCAGGAUUUGAAAGACCUGCAGCCCAGAUUUUCACUCCUCUUUUCUUUUAAACUUAAGUUAGCGGCGUAUCCAGGAAUCAAAAAAAAGGAAACGGAAGCUUACUACAAAAUUCUCGCCGUUGAAAAUUUGUGCCUGUCCAUAUAUCGCGAGCGGCGUGAUAAGAAUAAUUUGGCAGCAAAGAAGUCCAGAAGUAAUAGACGGGAGCGCGAGAAAAUGAUGCAGCGUAAAGUUGAUGAAUUGGAGAAGGAAAACGAAGCAUUACGGGCACAAUUGGCAAUCUACACGCAGCAGCUCGAAUACGUAAGCGUAGCAGUUUCUCACGUUUUUAUGCGUUUUUUGCAGCUAUGCAAUGCAAAAACGCAUAUUGUCGAGGGGUUGCCUGUGUGUGUGUCUGUGUGUGUAUAUGUGUGCGUAUGUGUGUCUGUGGGUGCGUCUGUAACGAGUUUUCUUCUCGAGAUCCACGAAAGCUACAAGGCUGAAAAUUUGGUGACUUAA